AUGUCCCAAGAAUCACAGCCGUCUCGCAAUGAAAUGCGUACUUUUAAGGAGGAUGAGCUGGAAGAAUUGCGUAAAGUUUACGGGAUGAGAGAGGCUUAUAAGACUUGGCGAAAGGGAUCGGAUCCCAGAGAAAACGAGAAACGUCUGUUAUCGCAACUAGAUUUCUUCCCAGACGGAGACAAAACGCGAAAGUGCUCGAUUUUGGACGUCGAAAUCGGUAACAAGCUACAUAUUCAUGAGUUCGAGGUUGAAAACACCGAAAAAACCGAUCGCAAGCAUUGCAGAGAUAUGGUAAUAAUGCAUGGGUACGGCGCUGCGUUGGGACUUUUCGUGCGUAACUUUGACGGCCUGAGUCGCGUUCCGGGGCUCAAACUGCAUGCCAUCGACAUGCUUGGUUACGGACUGUCAUCGAGACCCAAAUUCCCCGGAACUGGGUUUAUAUCCAGCUACGUGAAGCGAGGCGACAUUACAGUGAAGGAAGUCAACGAGGCCGAGGACUUUUUCGUAGACUCGCUGGAACGAUGGAGACAGAAAAGACAGCUCGAGCGGUUCGUUCUCGUGGCUCACUCGCUGGGAGGCUAUCUGGGCUGCUGCUACGCGCUCAAGUAUCCCGAGCGAGUAGAAAAACUGGUGUUGGUGAGCCCCGUGGGCGUGGAAACAUCGGUGUUCGACCUCACGCGCAAACACACCGACAAACACCUCCACGCCACAGAAUUGGGGCCCGAUGUAUCGAAGGAAAUGUCAGCGGACAAGAGCAACCCCACGACAGACAACCCAGUGAAGACGUCCAGCUCAUUCCACGUGCCCGAUGAUUCUGGCAACGUGGAGCGCGUUCCCAACUUGCCGAAGGUGUUUGCGUUCAUGUGGUCGUGCAAUAUCUCGCCCUUUGGUAUUCUGCGCACCCUGGGUCCCAUGGGCGCAUUGAUGUCGUCGAGAUGGUCUUUCAGGCGGUUUACGCACUUGAAAGACCCACAGGACCUGUUUACGUUCCACGACUACUUCUACAGUGUUUUUAGCGGCGCCGGUAGUGGGGAGUAUGCGCUAACGCGAAUUCUGGCGCCCGGUGUGCUGGCAAGACUGCCCUUGCUGUCUAGAGUCCCCGAGAACCUGAAAUGUGAUUCUUUCUGGAUGUACGGCAGCUACGAUUGGAUGAGCAAAGAGGCCGGCCAGGUGAUAGUGCGCAAAAUCAACGAAAAGGCCGCAGGUGUCACAGCGGACUAUUCUGUUGUUGCCAAUGCCGGCCAUCACUUGUAUCUUGACAAUCCCUCAGAGUUCAACCGUAAAGUGCUCAAUUUUCUUAAGCUUUCGUCUUGA